AUCUAAGGAAAGAAUGUAUCGAUCUUGAUUAAUAACAAUCUGACGGCGAUACAUUCCAAAUGCAAUAUAAUUUCAUGGUUAAAUAACUGCAUGGUCUGGACAGAUAACUUGCUCAAUCAAAAUAUAUACAUAUCAAGAGACUCGGUAUAUUUAUAAUGUGUAGCUCAUCUGUCGAGGAGUGACACAAGACACAAAUUUCUGUUUUCUUUUACUCAUCAGUGUUUUCGUGUAAUAGAAACAAUCAUGCCCCAAAAAUUCAACCAUCGUAGUGUUGGACCAUUCUUAAAAGCUGUUCAAAGAUUUCUGCGCGGUAAGGGACACACGGAAGCAUUAAGAUUUGCAGAUAUCAUUGCGGCUAGAGAUCAACCACCCCCCGAAGUCCCAGGAGGCCCUUAUCACAAAACAUCUAAGAUUUAUUACUACACUAGAGACGCAAGACGCGAAGUCCAACCUCCAUUUGAAAUUCCAAUGGGAAGGCAAAUCACUGAUGGAUCAGCGGCUGCUGAGGUUAAAACAGUGACACCAAACAAGGUUUAUUUACAGUAAUAAUAAGUCUGUCAGUGGGACUAACUUUAAAAUGUAAUAAUAGUAAAUAGAGCAGUAAUAAAUUGCAUUCAUUAAACUAUUUUAAAGCGUAA